AUUUCCAUCUGCUCUCUCGCUCGAGGCCAUCUACGAUAUCACAAUCCUUCGUUCUUUCAAUAUUGCUCCUCUUCGCAGAACUUCCUUAAUCCCGUGAGCCCGCAACUAUGUCAUUUACCUACAUAACAGAGCGGAUCAACGACACUCUUCAGAGAUUCUCCAACAACGUGGAGAACUUCAAGCAACGGUCCGAGAGCGUCGCCCAAGCACAACAACGGCGGAUCAACAUGUUAGAGCAGCGUGUCAGCAACUUGGAGAAACUUCUUUCCGAACGUCAUCUGGUCGACCUGCGGAAAGACUCGGCGGAACCCCAGACUUCCACGCGGACGGAUUCCAGCUCGGCCGCCUCCUCAUUAUGUGCUCCGCAAUACGACGAAUCAACCGUUCCAGACCCAUUGAUAUUGCCUUCCUUCGAUGAGCGCCUAAGAGGAGUAGAUCCAAUGGAUAUGUCUUUCCAGCCGCUGUCUCCCAACGAAAACCCAGGCGCCGCUUGGAGAAAAGACUGGGAGAGGCUUUCCUGCAGAGAUGGGUAUUCGAACCCUGACUCUAUGGGAGAGUACAGCGAUGGAGACGAAGAAAUGCUCACAACGCCUGCUCCUCCUCGCACGAAUGGAAAGGGCCGCCAUCAGUCUCAUCCACGUCACGACUGCAAUCCCAACACCUAGUCGUAACGGUUAUCGGGGCCGUCAACGUUGCAGCUCUGGACUCGGCCGACUUCGAAUCACAUCAACCUUGGCCCCUCCUGAAGUGAGUGACGGACCAACUCUACCCCUGCAGGCGCAUACGAAAUGCGUCUGGCGGCUUUCCUCUCAACUGCGCAGGUGGUCGUUACGCCUUUCAAAAGCCCGGCGU